AUGGGGAAGAAUAACGUUUUAGUUAAGGUUCAUCUUGAACGGAAAUAUGUUGUUGACAUUGAUAAAAAUAUCGAUAUCACCAAGAUAACUCCAUCAACAAGAGUUGCUCUCCGUAAUGACAGUUAUGUGCUUCAUUUAAUCUUGCAAAGCAAAGUUGAUCCAUUGGUCAACCUCAUGAAAGUUGAAAAGGUUCCAGAUUCCACAUAUGACAUGAUUGGCGGUCUUGACCAGCAAAUUAAAGAGAUAAAGGAGGUUUGCCUCGUGUACCCUUUUACUUUCUGCAUUUAAACUGGUAGUGGCAAUGGUGACAGUGAAGUGCAGCGGACUAUGCUGGAGCUUCUCAACCAGCUGGAUGGAUUUGAAGCAUCAAAUAAAAUA